AUUUGCUUCGUCUGGUUACUUUACGUUAAAGUGGUCUUUAUUAAACAGCAUUGAAUCAUGGCAUCAUCCGAAGGAAUUGGUGUUACAACCGGUCAACCAAAUUUACACAAACAGGACCUAUCUAAACUUGAUGUAACAAAACUUACAGCACUAUCGCCGGAAGUUAUUAGUAGACAAGCUACAAUAAAUAUCGGAACAAUUGGUCAUGUAGCUCAUGGGAAAUCAACUGUGGUUAAAGCUAUAUCCGGUGUUCAAACAGUUAGAUUUAAAAAUGAAUUGGAACGUAACAUUACUAUAAAAUUAGAAAAACUGCAAUUUGAUGUGAACGGGAAGCCAAUAAUACCAGAAGGGAUUCUGAAGAGGAAGAUUAAUGAAAAGGACAAAACAAUUCCUUCAAAGAAGAACCACUUUACUGAACCAAAAACAAAAGUGAAAGUUAAAAGGAAACAUCAAGCAAUUGAUCAAGAGAUUUACUCAAAAGAGUAUAUAGUGGAACAAAUAUUAGCUCAUAAAUAUGAAAAUGGGACUCACAUGUUUCUUGUCAAAUGGAAAGGGUGGUCUGAGAAGAACAACACCUGGGAGCCAUUACAUCAUCUGGAACGCUGUCCAUCAGUUCUGGGAAAUUUUAUCACAGAUAUGCUGGGUAAUCAAGCAUUGAAGAGCUUAUGUAAAAUGCUUAAGGUGUCCAAUAAUUUUCCCGAAAAAAUCCUUGAAAGCCUUAUUCCAUCGGAAGGAUUUUCUGCCCUACCAAAAAAACUUAGCAUUCAAAGAGAGCUUUUGACAGUGCUAUCUGCUUGUCCAAAAGAAAAACAUACAAAAAAACUGAAAAGAGGCAAGGAAGCACUUCUAAUUUAUUUUUUGCAUUUGAAACGUGAAAUACAGCUCAACCGUCUGGCGAUUUGGGAACAAGAAAUGAACAAAGUGGCUUGUGAGAAUGCAGUUAUUAAGGUAGAAAAUAACGUAGACCUGGAAGGCCCCCCCAUAGACUUCGUUUACAUCAAUAACUAUCGGCCCACCGACGGUAUCGUAAUCCCCGAUAAUCCUCCUAUCGGUUGUGGAUGUUCGAAAUGUUCAAAUAAAGAGAAACAUUGUUGCGGAAUGUUUCAGCAACAAACGUACCGUUUCCCUUACAAUUCCAAAGGAAGAAUCAAUCUUCCAAAAGGUACGCCCAUAUAUGAGUGCAACAAAAGUUGCAAAUGCGGUCAUGAUUGUCGCAACAGAGUGGUACAAAGAGGGCGUAACGUUCCUCUAUGUAUUUAUCGUACAAGCAACGGUUGUGGCUGGGGCGUUAAAUGUCUACGAAGAAUAUACACUGGCGAGUAUGUAUGUGAGUAUGUUGGUGAAAUAAUUAGUCAUGAGGAAGCCGAGAGGCGCGGUGCUCUGUACGAUUCGCAAGGACGCACCUAUCUUUUCGAUUUGGAUUUUAAUUCAAACGAUAACCCGUACACUGUGGAUGCUGCACGUUUUGGUAACGUUUCCCAUUUUAUAAAUCAUUCCUGCGAUCCUAAUUUGUCAGUGUGGGCAGUCUGGGUCAAUUGUCUCGACCCAAACAUUCCGAAGUUAGCUCUUUUCGCGACUAGAGAAAUANUUAUAUUAUUUAUUAGUAAUAGUUAUACUACUUUUCAAUUGCAUUAUUAUGAUCACAUUAUUAUCUAUGAUUCACCAAUGGCGCACGCGCAUUAG